CUCUGAAUGCCAAAGGCCUCUCAACCCUCAGUCCAGAUUUAGACCUCAGCCUUUCCCAGACAUUCAGACCCAGCUGGCUGGAGUUGCUGGCCGGAAGUGUACAAAUUCCCCGUCUCCCUCGUUCUUCCUCUCCUUCUCUGCUCUUCUUUGCAAUGCCUGGACUCUUUCAUCACUUUUUUUCAUCUGAUCUGAUAGGAGUGCCUCACAGAUGUCUGAGUUGAACAGCGGGCCAAGGGUUGUAAUCCAGGACCUCGCCAGUCGUUCCUGUUCCACAGAGGCAGGCGUCCUGCUCCUCUCGCCCAACCAUGGAGCCUCUUGCAGAGGCCCCUUUAUUUAAGUUGGACCAGGAAGAGGACGAGGAAGAGGAUGUUCUCUCAAUGAAGAGCAAAGGUGGCUGUACAUAUGCCACAGAUGCGUUCGCGCCCUCUGCAGACACGGACCCGGAGACGUUUAUAUACAUGAACUUCAUGAAGAGUCACUGCUGCUACGAUGCCAUCCCCACCAGCUCCAAACUGGUCAUCUUUGACACAAAACUACAGGUGAAGAAGGCUUUCUUCGCUCUGGUGAACGGUGUGAGGCGGCGCCACUGGGGACAGAAAGCUGAGUGUUUUGGGUGUAUGCUGACCAUCACUGACUUCAUCAACAUUCUCCAUCGUUAUUACAAGUCUCCUCUGGUUCAGAUCUAUGAGCUGGAAGAGCAGAAGAUAGAGACAUGGAGAGAGAUCUAUCUGCAGUACUCCGUCAACAGACUGAUCAGCAUCACUCCUGACUGCAGUCUGUUUGAUGCCAUCUACUCCUUGUUGAAGAAUAAGAUUCACCGGCUGCCGGUCAUCGACCCGACGUCGGGAAACGUCCUCCACAUCCUCACACACAAACGCAUCCUCAAGUUCCUCCACAUCUUUGGAUCCAUGAUUCCUAAACCCAGAUUUCUUCAGAAGCGGAUCAAUGAAGUGGCGAUCGGUACCUUCAAACAGAUUGCGACGGUCCAGGACACGGCCUCUGUCUAUGACGCGUUGUCCAUUUUUGUAGAGAGGCGGGUGUCUGCGCUGCCUGUAGUCAAUGAGCAAGGUAAAGUCGUGGCGCUGUACUCCAGGUUUGAUGUCAUUAAUCUCGCAGCCCAGAAAAACUACAACAACCUGAACAUGACGAUGCAGGAGGCCAUUUCCUCCCGGGCCUGCUUUAUGGAGGGAGUCCUCAAGUGUUACCCUCACGAAACCCUGGAGACCAUCAUCGACCGCAUUGCCAAGGCUGAGGUGCAUCGUUUGGUGUUGGUUGACAGUGAAGACGCGGUGAGAGGGAUUGUCUCUCUAUCUGACCUUCUCCAAGCCCUGGUUCUCACUCCUGCAGAUAUUUACGAGGGAUUGAGCUGUCAAGACUGAAGAAAGCAAGGUGAACGUUGACCACAUUAAACAAAACUCUGGGGUGGCAAAACAAAUUUGCAGAGCAGGGCUGUGGCUGAGAAGUCACUGGCUUAAUCCCAGUCCGGAGGACAAAUAUGGAAAGAGAAA